UCCCCUGAGAGGAUGGAUACGCUGAAGAACUUGGCGGUGGAGGAGCUCCGGGAGCUGCAGGAUAACGCGGAGGAGAUCGAGCGCCUGGCCUUGGAGUCGAGGGAGGUCCAGGAGCUGCAGCUGGAAAGGGAGAUGGCGCUUGCUGCUAAUCGCAGCUUGGCCGAGCAGAACCUGAAGUUCCAGGCGCCGCUGGAGACCGGCCGCACUGACCUCUGCAACAAAUACGAGGAGCUGCAGAAGCUGGCUGAGCGGUGUAAGGAGCAGAAGGCAAAACUGGAGAAUUUUGCAGCAGCGUUGCAUCCUCAGGCCUUGCUAGAGCUUCUGCAGGUGGAAAGCCAGAAAAUUGAAGAACAGUCUGAGAAUAUGGCUGAGAAGUUCCUGGAGGGUGAGGUGCCGCUGGAGACGUUCCUUGAGCAGUUUUCCGUCAUGAGGAAGUUGUCCCACUUGCGCCGGGUUCGAGUCGAAAAGCUUCAGGAGCUGCUGAAGAAGCCGGAAGCGUUGCAGGAGCCGAGCAGAGACUCUGAGCAGCAUCUACCUCCUCGCGCCCCUGCGGAGCAGCCGAAGCCGCAGCCCUUCCCGCAGGUCCUGGUGGAGUCUCGAGGCCGGGCAGCUCGGAACGAAGCGCUCGGGGGCGACAUCCAGCAGUUUGAGGCCCUGACUUGA